AGUGUGUGUGUGUGUGUGAAAGAGAGAGAGAGAGAGAGAGAGAACAAAAAAAUGGUGAAUCCUAUCCCAGAGUUCGUGAAGAACAUAUGGUCCAAGUGGGAUAUCCGGGGUGUUGUUCUCACUAGUCUCUUCUUGCAGAUUACUCUCAUUUUCUUAACACCAUUUAGAAAACGCACUAGAAAUGCCGUAGUGCUUGUGUUGGUGUGGUUUACAUACCUUUUUGCAGAUUACACUGCUAACUUUGGCGUUGGACUCAUCUCUAACAAAUAUGGAGAUGAAGAAGACGACUCCGACGCCAAUGGCUUGUUGAUUGCAUUUUGGGCACCCUUUCUAUUGAUGCACUUGGGUGGCCCUGACACCAUCACUGCUUUUUCUUUGGAGGACAAUGAACUGUGGCUUAGGCACAUGCUUGGCCUUAUGGUUCAAGUGUGCUUAACCGGUUAUGUUUUCCUCUUAACACUCCCUACAAACACUUUUUGGCUUCCGACAGCACUCAUUUUCCUUGCAGGGACCAUCAAGUUUAGUGAGAGGACUCGUUCUCUUCAACUUGCUAGUAUUAGCAACUUCCAAGAAAGAUCCAUGUCUAGUUACCAAGACACAAAAACAAUAGAAGAGUCUAUUAAAGAACUCGAGAAGAAAUUCCCCCUUAAGAAGGAUGAUGGUCAAAUUGACACCUCAUCAAACCAAACUUGGCAAAAGAAAGAACAAUUAGAUGAUGUAGAUGUGGUAAGCCGAGCAUUUUUCUUGUUCAACAAAUUCAAAGGCCUCACCGUUGACACAAGCAUCAACUACCCUACUAUUGUUCCCGUCAGUGAAUAUUUUGAAGAACUAACAGCAAUGGAUGCUUUGAGAUUGAUAGAGGUUGAACUCAACUUCAUGUAUGAAGCUUUCUAUACCAAGGCAUUGUUGGUGCACAGUAAGGUAGGAUUUAUUCUCCGAUUUGUGUCAAUUUGUUGUGUUGUUGCAGCCUUAGUGCUGUUUAUCUUUGACCAAAAGCAUGGUUGCAAUGAGUUUGAUGUCAAAGUCACCUAUACCUUGUUGUAUGGUGCUGUGGCCUUAGAUGUGGUGUCUUUUUUUAUGCUCAUCUUCUCUGAUCACACCUUUGCAUCCUUCAAUAGUCUUGAUUCUCAGAAAAAGGGGUUCAUUAGAAAAGUAGCAGACUAUAUUUUCAAAAGUUUCCUCAAGCUCAGGAGACCAAAGUGGGUAGGGCACGAGAAAAUAUUGUGCAGGCAAAUAUGGUGUCGUAGAUGGUCUGAAUCCAUUUCAGGAUUGAACUUUAUAUCUUACUGUCUACAUAAAAGGAAUCGUUGGAUAGAGAAAACUAUUACUUGCAUUGGAGCAAGAGGGCUAGAACACUGGACACAUGAGGAGAAAAAUCCAGUUCCACAAGAUCUUUGGAUAUUCAUCUUCAGGCAGCUACAAAUAAAAUAUAAGAAGCUUCAACUUGAUCCAAUACCUGAAAUGGUUAGACUUCGCUCCUCUAGAGGUAUGUGGAUUAUCCUAGAGGAUGAAACAUUGCAAAAAGAUCCAGAGAAGCUAGAAGUGUUAACAACAGUACUAAGCGAUCAAAUUUCUUUUACUGACACCAUUCUUAAUUGGCACAUUGCCACUAACCUCCUAUUCUAUGCUGAUGAUGUUGCUGUUGCUGUUGAUGUUGAUGUUGAGCAAAGGAGUGGUAAUGUUGAUCAUGAAAAUGCUCAACAAGCUAAGCUUCAUCGUGAUUUUAGUAUGGUUCUAUCUGAUUACAUGCUAUAUCUUUUACUCCGGCAACCUACGAUGAUGUCUGCUGUUAUGGGUAUUGGAUUUGAAGAAAAAUGGAAAAGAAGUUGUGAUUUUUUCAGGGAUUAUUUCUUUCACCAUCACAAGAGCAUUAAUGAAAUGGCAGACGAUAAAACCCUUCCCUUCACUGAAAAGUUCUUCCCCUUCUUUUCAAAAGAUACAAGGAAAAAGAGCCACAAGCAAAAGGUGGCAAGCAACAAACUUGAUGAUUUAUUACAUCAGAAAGAAGACUAUGAAAUACCAGAGACAAGUUUCUUUGAUGCUUCUUUGUUUUCAAUUGGAAUCGCUAAGGAUUUGGUUGAUGUUUUGAACGAUUUAGAGAGGACCCACAAAUGGAAAAUCAUUGCCCAAGUGUGGUUGGAGUUGCUAUCAUAUGCAGCAUUAAAUUGCAGUUCCAUUAACCAUGUUCAACAACUUGGUAAAGGUGGAGAAUUCAUUUCUCUGCUUUGGUUACUCUCCGCUCAUUUUUGCAUUGGCCAGCAAAUCCAAUUCCUAUCUGUUUGAAAGAUAAGUAGUCCCAUUAUUUUGUAUACGCUUUCAAGUU